CCCCUCUCUGUGAGCGGUGGUUGGUAUUGCCCGCAGGAGCCCUGCGCGCAGCCCACCGGACGGUUCCAUCUCACUCCUGCCCCUCGCCCGCACUUUCGGGGCGUCUUGGUGCAGCCCGCCCGGCCCCCGUGGCCCUCCGCAGAUCCAGUAGGUUCAGAGUCUGGACCCUGAUUUCCUGCCUUUGGCCCCCUCCCCCCCACAGCUGAGUCGCCAUGGUGAGUGGGGUCCCGUCGGCUACCCCAGCCCCCACCCGUUGCCCCCUCGGGGGGUGAUCCGAGUCCCCACUCCCCAGUUACUGCCCUGGGGUAACCGGACUUCUCCUUGUGCACACAACCCCAGGGGCGCUGCAUGCCUGGGUUCCUGGCCCUGUGCCCAAUAGAGGGGCAGUCCCCAGUGACCUCCCAGGGGAUUACUGCUACCCCCCCAGGGUGUAGGUGUCCCUGCCCCCUAGAAUUGCCCCACGGGAUCUGGUUUCCAUAUUCAGGGUUGUGGGUGAAAUCGCGUGGCCCCGACACCUGCCCUUGCUCAAUCCCAUAAUGCACCUGGGUGGGGAGCAUGGCGUGAAGGCCUGGGGCAGCAGCCACCCCUCCCCAUUUACACAGUCGUCCCCCCCGGACCCCCCCCAGCACGGCCGUCUGAAGGUGAAGACGACAGAGGAGCAGGCUGAGGCCAAGCGCCUGGAGCGGGAGAAGAAGCUACGGCAGUACGUAGCCGCCACGACUGCCAUCUUUGAGAAGAGGAAGAUGGGGCAGCUGGACAAAGAGGCGCUGGAGCUGACCAAUCAGAUCUUGGGGGUCAACCCCGACUUCGCCACCCUCUGGAACUUCCGCCGGGAGAUCAUCCUCCGCCUGGAGGGGGAGGGGUCCCCAGAGGAGAUGCAGUCACUGUGCCGCGGGGAGCUCUCGUUCCUGGAGACCUGCCUGCGGGUGAACCCCAAGUCGUACGGGACAUGGCACCACCGCUGCUGGGUGAUGGGGCACGUCCCCCACCCCGACUGGGCCCGCGAGCUGGAGCUGUGCGCCAAGUUCCUGGAGAGUGACGAGCGCAACUUUCACUGCUGGGAUUACCGGCGCUUCGUGGUGCAGCGCGCCCAGGUGCCAGCCGCAGACGAGCUGCACUUCACCGACCGCCUCAUCACCCGCAACUUCUCCAACUACUCAUCCUGGCACUACCGCAGCCGCCUACUGCCCCAGCUGCACCCUGACCCCCGGCAGCCGGGCCGCCCCACUGAGGCCGUGCUGCUCAAAGAGCUGGAGCUGGUGCAAAAUGCUUUCUUCACCGACCCCAAUGACCAGAGCGCCUGGUUCUACCAUCGCUGGCUGCUGGGCAGAGCUGAGCUGGAGCCGACCAUCCUGUGUGUCUACGUGAGCCGAGAGGACUCCUCGCUGGCGGUGGCUUUCUCCCAGCCCGUGGUGGUGACACCAGGAUCCUGCGACCUGCUGCUCUUCGCAGACGAGGCCCCCCUGGCAGUGAAUUGGCGCACACCCGACGGGAGAAACCGCCCCGGCCUCAUGUGGCUGUGUGACCUGCCGGCCUCGGCCCUCAACGAGCACUGGCCCCAGCACACCUUCCGGGUGCAGUGGGCGGGCGGGGAGUCCCAGAAGGAGUGUGUCCUCUUCAAAGGCCGCAGCGACGGCUGGUGCCGCGACUCCGUCACCGAGGAGCAGGUGUUCAGGUGCGAGCUCUCCGUGGAGAAGUCGACCGUGCUGCAGUCAGAACUGGAGUCCUGUAAGGAGCUGCAGGCCCUGGAGCCGGAGAACAAGUGGUGUCUCCUCACCAUCAUCCUCCUCAUGCGGGCCCUGGACCCCUUGGUGUACGAACGAGAGACCCUCAGCUACUUCGACACCUUGAAGGCCGCUGACCCCAUGCGCUCGGCCUAUCUGGACGACCUGCGCAGCAGAUUCCUGGUGGAGAACAGCAUCCUGCGGAUGGAGUACGCCGAGGCCAGGGUGGUGGACCUGUCCGGCCGGGGUCUGACCGCCCUCUGCCACCUGGAGCAGCUGCCGCUCAUCACCCACCUGAACCUGGCGGGGAACCGGCUGCGCCGCCUCCCUCCCACCCUGGCCAUGCUGCGCUGCCUCGAGGUGCUGGAGCUGGAGGGGAACCAGAUCGAGACCCUGGAGGGGCUGCCCCCCCUCCCCCGCCUGGAGGAGCUCUCAGCCCGCAGCAACCGCAUCCAGCGACCUUCCGACCUCCGACCUUUGGCCUCCUUCCCCAGGCUCCGCCUGCUGGCCCUGCAGGGGAACCCCCUGGGCGCCCUCCCCGACGCCCAAUCCCAGCUGGCUGCACUGCUGCCCCAGGUGGAGAUCACCCUCGCCUGAUUGGCUGGCAGGGGCUGGCCCCGCCCCUUCCCCUCCCCUGCCCGCCAAUAAUUUAUUGGACCUGAGAAAUAAAAGGUUAAAAACGC